AUGCGUGAUGCGAUUAACGAUGAAACGUUCGAAAUAAUGACUGACAAGAUCGUUGAAACCAAUCGAAUGUGCGAUUUCAUAAACACAGCCGCAUUGGAAAGGAUUCAAUGUGGACGCAGCAUUGAGUUUACGAUUAAUACGAAUAAUCUGAAACCAAAAGAAGUUCGAGUGAAAUUAAUAAGUAAUGAUGAUGACGAUGAGCAGUCUUGUGAAGAUAUCGAUCUGACGGUGAUCAAUAAUGAUAACGGUACCUUCAGUGCUCAGCUCACUCCACCUGGACCUGGCUCAUAUAAGUUGAUAAUCUCUUUCGAUGGUGAACAAGUGGCUGUGUACAGUGUCACCGUUCAGAAAUCGCACACCGAUGUCGCAUCUGUAAUUCAGAUUUAUGGAUUUUCUGAUGAGGGUGAAUCAGUCGUGUUGGGAGAGCGCAAAGUAUUUUCGAUUAAUAUUAAUGGAACGAAACCGAAUGAAAACGGCUUGGAAGUUGUAAUGCAAGACACAAAGAACGCUGAUCAUGUAAAGAAAAUUGACUUAAGCGAACAGGCCGAUGGAAGUUAUUUGGGUGAAUGGGUAGCCGAAAAUGAAGGUGAUACUAUGAUUCGUAUCAGUUUCGAUGGUGUCAUCGUGAAAGAGAUACCCGUUCAUGUGGUUCUCCAACGUCAGCGAGUUACCGAUGCUACUCAAUGUCAUGCUUACGGUGAUGGACUUUUGAAGGCUAUCGUUGGAGAAGCGACUAAAUUCGUCGUUGAUUUUAAGAAUGCAGGUGAAGGUGAAUUGGAGGUUGCAAUAAAAGGACCAAAAGAAACGAAAUCAACACAAACAAAACGCUUGGAUGGCACAUGCUUGGUGGAAUAUAUUCCAACUGCAGUCGGUGCGCAUCAAAUUGCCAUCAGUUUUGGUGUUGAUGAUAGCAAACAACCGAUCAAUGGUUCCCCAUUUCAAGUAAUGGCAGAUUAUGCGAUUGAUCUAUCAAAAAUUCAGUUGCACGACUUCGAAGGCAUAGCCAUAAAAGGUUCGUCGGUCUCGUUAACGGUCGACGCCUCUCAAACGGCUGCCGACCGGUUAGAGGCACGAUUGCCAGAUGCUUUAACAAAACCACUCGUUGAGGAGAUCGCUGCACGAGUUUAUCGAAUCACAUUCAUUGCUAAGUCUGAUUGCUUGGAGGGCGAUAUAAUUCCACUGGAGAUUCUUUACGGUGGACAGCUGAUUACCAAAAGUCCAUUAAAUUUCCAAGUUGCAAUGCCAACAAAACGAGAUCGUAUCCAAUUGAAAUCUCUGACUGGUGAAGACCUCCCAGCUGAAGUGUAUGCCUCUUUGCCAGUUUCAUUUCUGGUCGAUCGAAUCGACAAAGGUGUCAGUCAAGACGAACUAUCUGCAGAAGUGACGGCUCCAGAUGGCAACCAGCGUGAGGCAGCCAUCGUAAAGUCGGAUGUUGGUGAAGAUUUUGUUCUAAAGUUCACUCCGGAUAUAAUCGGUAUAUACAGCAUCCUGAUUUUCUUCAAAGGUAAACCCACCGCCCAGGUACCAUACCGUCUGCAGUGCAAUCCAAUUGGAGAUGCUCACAAAUGUAUCAUUACUGAUCGGCCUGAAGAGGAUGAAGGAUGUUGGAGAAUAGAUCACGCAAAACGUUUUACGAUUGACACGGGCAGUGCAGGUGAAGGAGCGUUGAGUGUGUUGUCACUAGAAGGGCGAGUCAGAAGUGAAAUUAAUGAAGUUGACGAUAAUCUUAGCGAAUUAGAAAAUGGGUUAUUAGUGGUGGAAUAUAAACCGAGUGAAGUGGGCUUACAUCGGUUAACGAUCACGCAUAACGGUAAAGAGAUGAACGGAAGUCCGAUCGAUUUCAUUGCUGAAUAUUUGCAAGAACAACCACCACUACGAAAAGAGUCGCAACGACCAGUAGUGAUCGUCGAAGGUCCAGGGUUUGAGCGGCCCGUUGCCGGUCAAGCUUCUCAGUUUGUGAUCAGCACUAAGAAUCGUACCUCACAACGAAUAUCCGUCAGAGUAGAAGGGGUGGCAAGAGCUAAAAUUGUUACUCACAAUGAAGCGAACGGUGCAUGUACGGUGAGAUGGACUGCACCGAUUCCAGGCGAAUAUUUGGUUCAUAUUAGGAUUAAUGAAGAGGAAGUGAAAGGGUCGCCGUUCCGAGUGAACGUCACCGGUGAAGGAUUCAAACGUACCUAUGUGUCGGUUGAGACGACCACCGAGGUGUACAAUUCAUGCCUCACGAAGUUGGAAGGCACGAGAUCGCUAUUCUGGAGGAUGAUUCUCAUAUUUACGAUCGGUGACGCAUCAAGACUGAAGCUGUCAGGGCAGGGAUUAAUCCGAGCGAUUUGUCAACAAAACAACGAUAUUAUCGUGGAUGCACGUAAUGCUGGUAUCGGCAAGACAUUCGUAUCAGUACAAGGUCCCGCACGUGCUGAUCUGAAGUGUGAUGAUGCCACGGAUGGCAUACUCCGUUUUUCAUAUCGACCCAUCAAACUUGGACUUUAUGUGGUCACAGUUAAAUUCAAUAAUCAGCAUGUUCACGACAGUCCAUUCACAGUGGAAUGUAUAGGUGAGCAGCUGCCGAAUUUCGAAAACGCAAUCAGUAAAAGCAUUGCUCGAGUGCCAGUUGUGAUGCCAGGAGAUGCUACUUCGGUUGUUUUACAUUUGCGAAACAUUGACGUGUCUGAAUUGAGUGCACGAGUGAUCGAACCGAACGGAAUGAGUGAAGAGGCAACAAUAAGACAGCACCGUGAUGACGACGCAUCGAAAUACUCGAUCGAAUUCAAGCCUCGUACCAAAGGAGGGCAUUGCAUUUCGGUUCUUUACAAAGGACAACAUAUCGCUGGAAGUCCGUAUCCAUUUGUGGUGGGACGUAUUGAGGAGGGAUCUGCAUACAAGGUUCGAAUUGCGGCCAUUGAUCCCAGGAGGGCUUGUGUAAACGAGGCAGAAUCGCUGAAUAUUUAUACUCGGGAAGCGGGUGACGGUAUGCUGGAUAUAUCAAUAGAAGGGCCAUCAAAAGUGCAGAUGCAGAUUCAUGAACUUGAGGAUGGGAAUGUAUACUUGGAAUAUAUGAUAAAUAGAUCAGGCGUGUACGAUGUUGCGGUUAAAUUCAAUGAUGAGCAUGUGCCCGAAUCACCAUUUAAGUUAAUCGUAAGAGACGCAGCAGCCACAUGCACUGCCCCAUUUGAGAGCACAUUGAUGGAAUCUCCUCAACUUGACGUACUGAAACCGGCACAGCAUAUACCAACCAGAAUCGCAACUUGUCAGCAAUCGCAAUUUAUGUUGAACACUCGGUAUCGCGAUAAUCCCGAUGAUCCUGCAGUCGAUACUGGAGGUUCACUGUACAUGAUUGUUGAAGGUCCCUCCAAAGUGGCGUUGAGUGCCGUUAAAAUGGCUAAUGGCGAAUACGUUGUACGUUACACGGCAUUUGUACCAGGCGUUUACUAUGCUACCAUUAAGCACUCAGAUAUGCACAUUAGUGGAUCACCGUUCAAGAUAAUUGCGGAGGGAACUGAACCCGCUUUGAUUGAUACAACGUCUUUACAAAUGCAAUCUUCGGAUGAUAGCCAAACAAAAACGACUGAAUUAUUUGAGCUGGAGGGUAAUGCUGAUAAAGUGACCGUUGAUGGUGAUGGCCUCAAACAGUUCACCCCGGGACAACCCUCUUCAUUCUUCGUCAACACGGCUAACGCUGGUAUAAGCCCACUGAUGAUUGGCAUACUGAGUAGUGCUGGUGUUGCCAGUGAAGAGGUGAAAGUAAUGCACAUUGGCGAUGGUCGUUAUGAGGUAACUUAUCUUCUGAUGGAUGCGGGCAACGCGUUCAUUUAUAUCAAAUAUGGUUAUGCUUAUAUCCCUGGAUCACCCUUCACUGCUGUCUCUUCAGAACCUCUUAAGUGA